AUGUUUCACGAAGCAUUUUGGACACAUGACUACACGAGUGGUGUGAACGUGCUGUUCGAGAAAUUGAAGCAGGGUAUUGAAGAAAACGCACAGGUUCUUGCGUUCAUAUCGGGCUGGAUGCGGAUCGAGAGCCGCCUGGCAUCGGACUUGGGUCAAUUGGCACGCCACGCUGCACCCAGCUCGCAUCGAGGGUUCUCGCGUGACGACGGUGCGGUUUUGAAACAAACCUUCACUAGCUACCUGGCUGAGACAGAGACAACUGCCAUUCUGCAUAGCAGGGUGGCCGAAAACCUUGAGAACAAGGUGCACAACCCUCUGGAAAAAUGGUGUCAAGGUCACGCAAAACGGGUCGUUGACUGUGAAAACCGGCUCAAGGCGAAGCUUGCAGAGUAUACACGUUUGCUGCAGCACGUUUUGAAACAGCGCCAGGUUUACUAUGCAAGAAGCCGCCAGCAAGAAGAUGCCGUUGAUGUAAAGUUCGAGCCGGUAGCUUCAACCAUAAGAAUAUUCCGUGAAAACUUUAUGCAUCCACAGACUCCGAUGCUUGACAGUGAGGCUGAGGCUUUCGAAAUCGCCGGACUUCAGUACACCAGAAGUCAGCUUGCCAAGCUCAUGCAAAAACUGCUGAAGGACGUGACCAUGCAGGAGUACAAGGUGCCGUUGUUUGGUCCCUACGAGCAUGUUUCCAGUGGUGCUAACAUUGCUGCAAGUACACGGCGGCACCUGAAAAACGACAGCAUCGCUUAUUCUGAAAAGUUUGGUCAAGCACUAGUCGACCAGGGCUUUUUAAAACCAGUUGCACAAAUAUCAAACAAGUUUGAAAGCUCGCAUACUUGCUAUUACCAAUGGCAAGACAAUGCUUUCAGUCUAGGUGUUGUAGCCCAAGUUACUGAAUUGCCAACCGAUCCUCCUGAGCCUUCCGUCGAAAAGGCACCAAGUGAAGGAAGCGAGAAGGGAGCUCAAACUCCAGAUAUGAUCACCGAGGGCGAAGAAUACUUUCAACAGGUUCUUGAGCUUGAUAUUUAUCGUUGUGAAAUGGAAGUGGAGAUAGCAGGGGUUUACGAAUACAUGGAGCGCUGUGAAACGGAUAGAAUCAGCGCUAUACGUCAUGCUCUCGGAGAUUUUGCGUUAUUUUCCCAACGCCCUGAUGAUCAUCGCGAAAUUUUGAGGCGACUGAUGAAUUCUAAGGCCCUCGUCGACCCCGCACAAGACGUUGCAGAGCUAGCGGCUCAAUACCGAACGGGCCCUCUCGUGCCUACCGUUACAGUUUAUCAGGGUUAUAAUGGCGCUUAUUGCCAAACUUUUGGCGUAGAGAUCAAACAUUCUGGAUUUUUGGUGCCGUUGCUGCUGGAUUAUUUGGCCGAACUGGACGUACCGCUGACGGCCUGGACAGAACCCUACAAACUAGAGGAUGUUUACAAGCUGCGUGGCCAAAUUAACACGGGGAAACCUUUCAAAUUGGAAUCGCUAAAGCACUUUUCAGUAGAGGUGGUGGUGGGGGUCUUCAGAGAGUUUUUACUGGAAUUGCCUGAAUCGAUUCUCCCCUUCACUAUCUACGAUACUGUGAAAGCUCUCUACGAAAAUGAUGUCACUGAUCAGCACCUUGUAUCGGCAUUACUACACGUAUCUAAGCCGUCCUUGGAAGCCCUCAAACACAUCACCAAAUACAUGACUGAACAAUACCCAGAAGACCUCGAGAAAUUGGCCAAGGCGCUCGCACUAUACCUGUUCCGACCCCGAGCUAUUUCUGCCAUCUGCCUUCAUGAUAAGCACCCUCAACUUUUGAUUCUAGAGCUUCUUAAUCGUGGGGAUGAUAUUUUUGAAUCGGUUGAAGAUAAAGCCAAGGUUUCAGUCCGAAAUAAAAAGAGCGCGCCCGUCGCUGCACACCCUUCUUCUCCGGCCGCUUCCCGCUUAUCUCCGCCUCGUUUUUCUACGCCCAAGCGUGAUGUUCAACCCAAUCUUAUACCACUGUCUCUGACCCCUGAAAGGCCUGCCAAUGAUCGACCGCGAUCCCGCGGAUUCAACAUCACGAAGGGCCUGGGUAUCCAAGGUCCAAACGCAAACCCAAAUUAA